UUUUCAUUUGUUUUCUGGGAAAAUCAAGAAAGUUACAGUUAUGGUUCUAGGACUGAUAGUUUCCAGCUGGUAAAAAGAAUCAAAGAAUUCAUUUUCUUUUCAUUUUUGUAGUUUGAUUUAUAGUUUUUAAUGUUUGGCUUCGAUUUCAAUGCAACACAGGUGCAGGGAGCAAUUGGAAGACAAAAGGAUUUUUGCUUUCAUUGAAAUUUAGAGGAGAAUUCUGGGAUUCUGUUUGAGUUUUAGGGGUUCUUAGGGAUUUUUUUGCUAGCUAGAUUGAGACUUGUAGUACUGGGAAGUUCACUCAUGGAUUAGGGGUGGCUAGUUAUAGAUCUUCAAUGGUAUGCUCAUAUGAUUGAGGUCGAUGUUUCAAGUGAGGAAGUUAGUCUCUUAACGUAGUCGAGUUCGAGUUUCGGGUGAAUUAGUGGCAGCUAGUUAUUAGAUCUUCAAUGGUUUGUUCUUAUGAUUGAAGUCGAUGUUCUGAGUGAGGAAAUUAAUCUCUUAACGUAUCCGAGUUUGAGUUUCAGGUGAAUUAUUGCGGUUGGUUGAUAUGUGAUUGCUGGGAAUUGAAUUUAAGGUGUUUUAGAUUUACAUAUAUACGAAUUUCUCAGUAUGGAUGAUGCUCCGAGUAGCUCGAGUUCACUCCCUCCAUUCCUUACGAAGACGUACGAGAUGGUGGAUGACCGUUCGACGGAUUCUAUUGUGUCUUGGAGUACAAGCAAUAGGAGUUUUGUUGUGUGGAAUCCGCUGGAAUUCGCGAGGGAUUUGCUUCCAAGAUUCUUCAAGCACAACAACUUUUCUAGCUUCAUCAGACAGCUUAAUACAUACGGUUUCAGGAAAAUCGAUCCCGAGCAGUGGGAGUUUGCGAGCGAGGAUUUUAUAAGAGGUCAACCUAAUCUUUUGAAGAACAUACAUAGACGGAAACCAGUUCAUAGUCAUUCGAUGCAGAAUCUUAUAGGUCAAGGGGUUUCACCGUUAACAGAUUCAGAGAGACAGAGUUUAAGGGAUGAGAUUGAGAGACUUAAGAAUGAAAAGAAUUUGCUCGUUUUAGAGUUAGAGAUGCAUGAGAAGGAACGGCAAGGAUUCGAGAUGCAAAAGCGGCUUUUGAGGGAGCGUAUGCGAGCUAUGGAGCGGCGGCAGCAUGUAAUGGUGUGUUCUGUGGCUCAAGCCUUGCAGAAACCAGGGUUUCCCAUCGGUCUGACUCCACAAUUAGAGGGUAAUGACAGAAAGAGAAGGUUUCCAAGCAUUGCGUACUUAUAUGAUGAAUCUGAGGUUGAAGAUAAUCCGACAGGCAAUUCCCUUACCGCAAGAGAAAAUCCAGAUGGCACAUCAUUGUUCGACAUGGAGCUGCCACUUGAACAAUUAGAGUUAUCCAUGGUGUUUUGGGAGAAUGCUGUGCACGAUUUUGGUCGAACUAACAUUCAACUUAGUUCGAACCUGGAUGAAUCAACAAGUUGUCUGGAAAGUCCAUCUAUAUCUUGCAUACAACCUAGCAUCGAUGCUCCAGCAAAAUGCUCUCGGAUUGACAUGAACUCUGAGCCUGCAACUGUGGUUGCCUCUGAGCCUCUUACAGCAAAAGAACAACCUGCACCUAUACCAGCUGGGAUUAAUGACGUAUUCUGGGAACAAUUUUUGACCGAAAAUCCGGGUUCGACCGAUACUCGGGAUGUUCAGUCCGUAAGAAAAGAUUCCGAUCAUGGCAGAUUUUGGUGGAACAUGAAGAAUGUCAAUAGCCUUACAGAACAGAUGGGUCAUCUUACCCCUGCUGAGAGGACUUGAUAUUGGUUUAUUAUAUCACUACUUUUGAUGCCUCCAUGUUUCAGACUAGGUUACUCGGACUAGUUCACGACUAUAGGAUGCGAGUAUGAAUUUUUUGUGUUCGUGUUCUUAUGUGUCGAAUACACAUGUCAAACACAGAUACUUUCUUGCUUGGAUUUUAGAUGUAUUAUACAUAGGUAUCAUAGAUUGAUGUGAAAAUAUAUACUAUGGCCAUAGUUUUAGGUACUAUACAGCUAUAGUUAUUCAUAUGCCUGUUUCAUUUUAGGCUUCAAUACAGUGAUUAUUUUGUU